AUGGUUCCCAUCGGCUGGGCCAAGGUACAAUAUCCCCCGUGCCACUGUCUCUUUGGGCUGCUGUUCCAGCUGCUUUUGGCUCUAUGCCUCUUCUCUCACCUGCGCAUGGCUCCAGGCAAGCCCCGGACCAUGGAAACCCUGGCUGAAUCUGCCAAUAGGGCCUGCCAGUUGACCCCCCCCAGCUGCCCACCACUGGUCAUCCUGCUGUGCAUGUGGCCCUUCAAUGUCCCUGUGAAUCUGUCCCAGUGCUCCAGGCUGCGGCCCGGCACAGCCGACUGCCAGCCGACUGCCAGCCCGAGGGAGUACCGGCAGGCAGACGCGGUCAUCGUGCAUCACUGGGACAUCACGUCCAGGCCUUGGGCGAAGCUCCCGCCCUCCCCACGGCCACCGGGCCAGCGCUGGGUCUGGUCCAACUUGGAGCCGCCCUCCAACCUCAAGAACCUGAAGGCACUAGACGGCUACUUCAAUCUGACCAUGUCCUACCGCAGCGACUUGGACAUCUUCACACCCUACAGCUGGCUUGAGCCAUGGCCUGGCCAGCCUGCCGAAGCGCAGGCCCACCUCUCAGCCAAGACCAAGCUGGUGGCCUGGGUGGUGUCCAACUGGCAACCAAACUUGGUCGGGGGGUACUACCAGCAGCUGCAGCCCCACCUGAAAGUGGACGUGUACAGGCGCUCCCACCAGCAGCUGCCCUCCGCCAACAUGAUGGAGGUGCUGGCCCAGUACAAAUUCUACCUGACUUUUGAGAACUCCGUGCACCCGGAUUACAUCAUGGAGAAACUGUGGAAGAAGGCACUCCAGGCCUGGGCAGUGCCGGUGGUCCUGGGCCCCAGCAGAAAGAACUACGAGCGCUUCCUGCUACCCGAUGCCUUCAUCCACGUGGACAACUUCCCGAGCCCCCAGGCCCUGGCCCAGCACCUGCGGGCCCUGGACAAGGACCAGGCCAGCUACCUGAGAUACUUCUGCUGGCAAGAGACACUGUGGCCCUGCUUCAGAAGUUGGGCCCUGUACUGCAAGGCCUGCUGGCGGCUGCAGCAGGACACCAGGUACCAGAUGGUGCCCAGCAUAGCCUCUUGGUUCACAUGAGCCGCGACCUAGGGCCUGGGCUGUUGGGGAUCUCACCUGCUGGGUUCUCACCUACCAGGGACCUCACAUCCCUGAGCCUCUCCUAAU